AUGACGUGCGACCAGUAUGAUACGUGUACGAUGUUGGCCUUCGCUCUUGCCCUCUUGCACACCCUCAAACAACUCGUGUUGGUCAAUGACCUCAUUGGCCUCCAUGGGCCUCCACACCGGAUGAAGCAGCCGGAUCGAGUUGUGGUUGGUGCCAACAUGCAUGACUUCAGCGACCUGCCCACCUACUGCCUGUCCAAGUGCCAGCGCGUCUGGGGAGCUUCUUGGCUUGUCUUGAGGUCUUUGGGUCUUGAGGUCUUUGGGUCUUUGGGUCUUUGGGUCUUCCAUCAUCUUUAUUUUUCUGUGGAGCUCAAUGCACCGGUGCCAUCCAUUAUCAUCCCAGAUCUGACCGAGUUUGCUAGCAUCACUCGUGGCCGACCAGCCGGAAAGAACUUGAGAAAACUUCCCCCAAAGGAUUUUGCUCCCAUAUUGUCUAGCACUGUCUAA